AUGGAUCGCGCAAGGAAGCGCCAACUGCGCGCUACAAACGAGCGAGUAUGGGCUGGCGAGACAAAUCUCUUCGAGGUAAACAGCUCUCUCGACUCGUCUCUCAAGAAAAACACAGCAUUCAUUAAGCGACUUCGAACCGCAAUCACCGCUGCUACUCUAGCGACCUUCCUUCAGGAGAUCCGCACUCUCAGCCUGCACAAGUACCUCUCCGAAAUCAUAUCUGCCUUUUACGAAGGCCUUUGCAAACUCAAGACCCCCGCUGAGGUCGAUGCCGGCGCCGAGAUUGCCAGUGCUCUACACCAGCGCUUCGGCCCUGCCGAGUUCACCGAACAGCUCAGCUGGCUUCUCGGUCGGGGCAUGGCCACCCCCGAGAAGAGUGCUCUCAAGGCUCUCUCGCCAGAACUCCGCGAAAAGGAAGAAAAGGACCGUCUCACCAGGCAAAGAUCACUUCUGCGAGUUGUCACCGAGCUUUGGCUACUCGGCGUCCUACGAACCCUAGACGAUGCUGUCAAGCCCGACGACGUCACCAAAUCAGUGGCUACGAAAGCGACCGAAAUAAAACCCCGCGCGAGCGCAAAGAAUGGUGCAUCUGCCGAGCCAUUUCCGUUGGAGGUUCUAAAAGAUCUCCUCGGCUAUGAUCGCGAACACAUCAACCUUCCUCUGCUCGUCAUCUUCGUCAAGGCCUUUAGCUGGGAUGUGCUUGGUGUCAAACCCAGCAAUGCCGAGGGCAGAAAAACAAUUGAAGAAGACGGAGCCGCCGCGGAACCUGUACACACGGCGACGGACACUGAAGACGGCGGAUCCGACCAGCCAUUUACGCCUCCAGAACUAUCAGAAAAAUUCAAGAGCAUUCUUAAAAAAUAUUUUGAAGACGUCAAAAAUCACAUUGUUCGCGAUCAAAAGACAAUUCACUCGCAAGCUCGCCGAAAUGCUGAGGCAUAUGUCAAAAGUGGCGAAGUUUUCGAAGACCGGCAGGCAAAUUACGAAAAACAGGUCAAGGCCCAAGAUCGCCUGGUCUCGAAUGCUCAAGUCAUCGCUGACGCCAUUGGAGCCGAUAUCCCCGACUUGAAGGCCUCAGACGACUCACUAGGCGCCUCCGGUUCUGGGAUCGGUCUUGUCAAGACCGGGGAGUAUCUGCGCUCUUCCGCUGAUGGAUCCGGUAUCUGGGAUGACGAUGAGGAAAGACGCUUCUAUGAGAAUCUGGUUGACUUGAGGGGCAAAGUUCCAUCCAUGUUGCUAGAAGAUGGUAAAAAGAAGAAAGCGGAUGGCGAUGAUCAAGUUGGCAAGAAGGCUGGUGAAUCUGAAGCCCCGGCCCCUGCGGAUCCGGCUGAAGACCAAUCCAUGGCGAUUGCAAACAAGACGAUUGGUGCCCAAGUCGACGCGUUGCUCGCACGGCUACCAGACCUGACAAGUAAAGAUACCAUCGACCAGAUGGCAAUCGACUUUUGCUAUCUCAACUCCAAAGCCUCGCGUAAUCGACUCGUCAAGGCGCUCACCGAGGUGCCAAAGGGUAGAGGAGACUUGCUCCCGUCCUGGUCCCGCCUUGUUGCUACGCUAGGCCGCUAUAUGCCGGAUGUUCCCAAGGGCCUCGUCGACUAUCUAGAUGCGGAAUUUCGCAGCCUGCAGCGGAGGAAGGAAAAGGACUUUCUCGGCCAAGUUCGUCUUGGUAACAUCCGUUAUCUUGCUGAGCUCACAAAAUUUGGUAUGGUGCCGGAGCAUGUCGUCUUUCACUGCCUCAAAGUCAGCCUCGACGACUUCUCUCGCAUGAACAUCGAAAUCCUCUGCAAUCUCUUGGAGAAUUGUGGUAGAUAUCUGCUCAAGACACCAGAUACUGCUCCGCGGAUGGUGAGCUUCCUAGAAACACUUCAGCGCAAAAAGUCAGUUCAACAUAUUGGUCAGCCGGAACGAAUGCUGAUCGAUAACGCUGUUUAUUAUGUCGACCCGCCCGAGCGACCUGCUAUCGAACAGAAAGAGCGAACACCUAUGGAUCUCUUUAUUCGAAAGCUGGUCUAUAAUGACAUGACCAAGAGGAAUUAUAGCAAAAUCCUGAAGCAGAUUCGGCGCCUGCAUUGGGAAGAAAGCGACGUUGUUGCCAUGCUUGAAAAGGUCUUCUCCAAGCCUGGCAAAGUUAAGUACGGAAACGUCCACUUGCUCGCCAUUCUGCUGAGCGCACUCUAUCGCUAUCACCCUGCCUUCGUUGUCAAGGCUAUUGACAAUGUCAUCGAGUCGAUUAAUUUUGGCCUAGAGCAGAACGACUUCAGAACAUUCCAGCGCAGAGUGGCCGAAGUCAAGUAUCUGAGUGAGCUCUACAAUUACCGCAUGUUAGAGCACCCUGUCAUCUUUGAUACCAUGUACAAAAUCCUCACAUUUGGUUAUGGCGGCCCCCCCGUGCCCGGUCGUUUCAAUUCAUUCGAUCCACCUGAUGAUUUCUUUCGUAUACGCCUCGUCUCAACCAUGUUGGAGACCUGUGGCGUGUACUUCAAUCGUGGUGCUGCUGGCAAGAAGCUGGACUUUUUUCUUUCCUUCUUUCAGUAUUACGUUCACACAAAGGUCGCACUCCCGAUGGACAUUGACUUCAUCGUUCAAGACACUUUUGGACUGACUCGCCCGCAAUGGAAGUUUGCUGCUAACUUGGAGGAGGCCACCAAAGCUUUUCACGAGGCCGUGGCCCUGGAUCAGAAGUCUAGCGGCGCAGACAAGACAAACGAUGUCGACGCAGACGCAGACGCAGACGAUGCGACUAGUGGCGCUUCGUCUGAUGACGAGCACGGGGAUCUAGACGAGAUUGAGGGUGACGCAGAUGUAGAUGAAGACGACGACAGUCUUUCUGAGGACGAGGAGGAGAUGAACGAAGUUGCUGAAGAUUCGGAUGCCGACAGUGAAGAUUAUGACGAGGCCAUUGUCGUCACGAGACAAGAAGAAGCUAUCGACCCGGAAGACGAAGCCGACUUUGAGCGAGAAUACGCCAAGAUGAUGGCUGAGAGCCUCGAAUCGCGGAAAUUUGAGCGCAAGCAACAGUUCGAUGUCCCGCUUCCCGUUCGCCCCAAGGUCCGUGAUCUGGGUGCUGGUGAAGGACAGGAGCUGCCGGAAAGCUCAGCUGCGCCAACGAGCAAGAUGGCAUUUUCCCUCCUGACGAAGAAGGGGAAUCGCCAGCAGACACGGACGGUUGAAUUGCCAUCCAAUUCCACCUUUGCCCUUGCCAUGAAAUCGUCACAGCAGGCUGAGCGGGAAGAGCAGCAGCGCAUCAAGAACUUGGUUUUAAACUACGACUUGCAACAAAGCGACGACCAGGACAGCGGCGAGAAGCCACCGGCAUUUUAUCACAAUCGAAUCGAGCGCUCCGGCAAAGACCGAGGUCAGAGAGUGCGAAAACUGCAACUAAGCGAUGUGGACUGGUAG